ACGCGAACUAGAAGCCAUCCGUGGCCACGGACAGACUGUCUGGUCUCUCUCUCUCUCUCUCUCUCUCUCUCUCUAUUUUCUCAGCCAGGUCCCGUCAAUAGCUUCGUGGCGAGGAAGGAGAAGGAGGAAUUCAAGUUCCUUGAGCUUCAUCGUUUUCUUCCUAAAUUGGAUUGUGGUCCUCGGAGCUCGGCUGUGAUAUUGAUUGGUAUGCUGUGAUUUUCUGCCGGUGUUCGAGCUCGUUUCGGCUCGAGAUCGCCGCCUGGAUUCUGUGGAGAGAUCGGCGGUCUCAGUUCCAUCGGGUACUUUUCUGCAUUCCGUUGCUACGAACAAGGAUUCUUUCACCUGACAAUGGGUCAUUGUUUAGCUAAGCAUCAGGCAGAUGGAAAUAAUUCUGAACAGCAUGUGGAGUUUGCUGGUGGGAAUGUGCAGCUCAUUACCACUAAAGAGAGUUGGGAUCAAAAGCUUGCAGAAGCAGCGAAGGAAGGCAAAACUGUUAUUGCAAAUUUUAGUGCAACCUGGUGUGGUCCUUGUAGAAUGAUUGCUCCAUUCUACUCCGAUUUAUCCGUCGAACACCCUUCUCUAAUGUUCCUAUUGGUGGACGUGGAUGAACUCACUGACUUUAGCACAUCAUGGGAUAUUAAAGCCACUCCAACUUUCUUCUUCCUUAGGGAUGGGCAGCAAGUGGACAAGCUUGUUGGCGCGAACAAGCCCGAGCUUCAGAAGAAGAUAACAGCCAUCCUAGAUCUACUGCCCCAAACCCAAUGUCAAAGUUGAUGUAUAGAUCAAACCCGAUUCGGGCCCUGAGGUCAGAGUACCUUGUCUGUUGUUGUUUGUUCCACAGUAUUCUAGUUUCUGAUAUGAUUAUCUCUUGUUUUGUGUGUGUAAAUAGACCCAUCUGAUUCUGAAUGCAUCUUUUUUAAUCGAGAGAACUUGAAGGAAUGUUUAUCGCUUCGGUGAUUGUUUCUGUUCCUCAAUAAAUGCCAUUUUGAAAUGAAAGCCA